AUUUUAAUUUUUCUCUUCUUUCAAUUAUAAUUUUUAAGAUGCCAACUACUUGACCUAAUGAGGUGAUUGAAAUCAUGUUAUGAAUGUUAGCUUUUUCAAUAAACAUUUUCAUAACCCUUCCUAUCAACAACAAUCCUUACUAAUUUAUAAAAUUGUCCAUCAAGUCUAUCAACUUACCCCUAUUUUUAAAAGAUAUGAUGCCAGGAAAUACUUUGGUAGCAAGUUCCAACUGUGAUGAAUAUUGCAUGAGCAUAAUUAAGACUCGACUGUCUUCAUAAUUUUGAAAGCCUUUUCUAUCACACAACUUUGUUCUGGCUAUGUCUUGGCUAAUUGGUUUUUCUUUCUUUACUUUGUUUGUGGUUUGAUUUCCAGUUGUAAACUAAUUGCAAUUUAAUUGUAUAAUUUGUCUUUCAACAUGGAGGAGAUCAGGAGAUAAUUAAUUUUCUGGGCUGUAUUUGAAUUGGAUUUUUGAAUUACAUGAUUAAAGUAUGACUUCUAUUGGUAGAAUUGAGAUACCAAAGCGAACCUCUCUAUAUGCGUUUUAUUAUGUUUCAUAUGUAGCACGGGAACAAUAGGACUGGCGAAAUGGUAUUAUUUUAAGGUUUUCCAUUUUAAAAUUAAAGUUUCAUGUCUGAAUUGCUAAGUUUCCGGCAUAUUUUAGGAAUUGCGAAUGUUGAUUGAAGAAGUGUCCUUGCUACUUCAGUGACUUUAGCUUUUUGUAUUCUUUUUAUUUGUAAGUCAUUGGUAUUUGUUUUGCCUAUGAAAAUAACCGUUUUUUCGAUGUUCAAAGCAAAUUACUAUGUUGAUUUGCAGUCCAAGGGUAUCAUUAUGUGGAUGCAGCAUUCGUCAUCCCUCGGAUGCUCGAGUUAAUAUUCGAGUUCAAACAACAGGUAAAUCAGGAAGGGAAGUAUUGAAAGAUGCAUGCCAGAAUUUGAUGUUCAUGUGCCAGCAAGUUAGGAGCACUUUUAUGCGGGAUGUUAUUGAUUUUCUUCUUCCUGGCACAUACUGUUAUUUUUCCUUAUAUUUUCCCUUUUAUCUCCCAAGUAGUUGAACUUUUUUUGGCCCUCUUUAGAAUAAUGAGGUCCAAGUGAUGAUGCUAUAAUUUAUAUUACCAAUCUCAAGGAAACCAUGUUUAGAUUCAUCUUCCGAUUAGAUAUGCAAAAAUGUUUA